AUGAGCAUGCUGGAAGAGUCAAACCUGGCUUCAGAGUCUAGUGUGGUUGAUGUCUUCAUAUCUCCACCAGAUCCAUCUGUGCUAACAGAUGAAGAUAGUGGUGACGAAGAUGAAGGUGGCAGCUUCGACAACUUCUGCGCGCGUCAGUUAGAUGCCGAGGCAGAAGUAGUCCUACAUCAACCAUCUGGAGAAGUUAGGAUUGAAGAAAGGAACAUUGAGUUGUUCGAAAGUAUGGUUUCUGAAGAUCCAGAAAUAGUGGCAUCUGAGGUAAUUGAAAGAGAAUUGGAAAUUAGUGAAGUCGACCGGGAUAUAAGCCGGAAACGAAAAAAAAGUACAAGUAAGGCAGCACAACGAGAGAAGAAAGUAGAGCGACAGUGGACUUCAUGCGACCUUCCUGUAAAUGGUGCAAUUCGAUCUGCCGUGGCAGAAGGAAAGAAUGAUACUGGUUCUUUUGCACCAUCAUUUUAUUCUCUACCAUUGACACCGCUACAGUUUUUUUCUUUGUUUUUUACGUCGGAUAUGCUAGAGAUGAUUGUGAAGGAAACCGUCACAUACGCUAUGCAAAAAGGCACACAUUUAGAAUUGGGAACUGAUGAGUUGAAGGUAUUCUUCGGUAUACUGUUGGUAAGUGGUUAUAAUAUUAAUCCACGCAGAAGAAUGUACUGGGAAGAGGCUGACGAUGUACAGAAUAUAUCGAUAUCCAAUAGUAUGAGACGAAACAGAUUUGAUACUUUGAUGCGGUAUAUCCACUUCAAUAAUAACCUAAACAUCGACCAGACGGAUCGUGUUUGUAAAGUCAGGCCAUACCUUGAGAUGCUGAGAAAAAAGUUUACGGAAUACACUGUUUGGGAGUGUGAAACUAGCAUUGAUGAGGCCAUGAUUCCAUACUAUGGCCGACACGGAUUGAAACAACAUAUACAGGGAAAGCCAAUAAGGUUUGGGUAUAAGGCGUGGUGUUGGAACAUGAAGUCUGGAUACCUCAUUGAUUUUGAGAUCUAUCAAGGUUCGAAAGGGGAGCCAAAUGUUUAUCGAGCUGAUUACGGAUUGGGCGGAAGCAUAGUGUUAGCCUUUGCAGACAAACUACCACGUUCCUUGAAUGGAAAUAUAUGGCCGCACUGCAUCUAUGUUGAUAACUUCUUUACAUCAUUGAAGGUUGUGGACAGAUUCAGUGAACUGGGUAUUGGAAUUACCGGUACAAUUCGCGCCAAUCGUCUCCAAAAUUGUCCUCUAAGAAAUGAUUUGAAGAAGACAUCUCGGGGUUCCUACGACAUGUGCUAUUGCAAAAAUUCUUGCACAUUUCUCUGCAGAUGGAAUGACAAUUCUGUCGUCACUCUGGUAUCAAACUGCGAAGGUGUUGAGCCGAUGCAACAGGCAAAGAGGUAUUCUUUCAAAGAGAGUAAAUCUAUUACCAUCAAUCAACCAAAGUUAAUCAAGAGCUAUAAUGAAAAUAUGGGUGGCACAGAUAGGAUGGAUCAAAAUGUAGCAUAUUACAGAACCAGCAUAAGAUCUAAGAAAUGGUAUUGGCCUUUAGUUAUUUGGGGAUUAGAUGUGGCAGUUACCAACUCUUGGGUCCUUUACAGAAAGAUGACACGUACUUUGCAGAACCAACCAGAAAUGGACCUACUCCAAUUUCGAAGAACGAUAGCGCAAGGACUUCUUGCAAGUUUUGGAAGACCUAAGACGACUCCUGGGCCCAAAAAAGCAGUUUCACUUCGAGUCAGCCGAGACGCACGGUUUGAUAAUGUAGGCCACAUGAUCGACACACAAAACACGCGAACACGGUGUGCUUUGUGCCAUUCUACUACGAACAAAAAGUGCUCAAAAUGCAAUGUCGCAUUGCAUCAGAAGUGUUUCAUAAGAUUUCAUACACCAACAACAACAAUUUAG